AUGGACCGUAGUGUGAAUGUUGCAAUACUUCUGAUACUUUUGUGUUUAUCGUGCUGUUCAGGAAGUCCUACAACACCUACAGCAGCGGAAACAUCAAACGAAGAAAAUUUACCAUGUUACAAGGAAAUGAAAGAAAAGUUCAAAAAUUUAUUCAAUGACCUAAUAGCAGGAUCCGAAAAGCUAUUAGUCGUACCACGAGAAAGGAGUUCCCGAAUUCUAUCAGAUCGAUUAAAAAUAAAGCUAAGUUCCAGCACAGAAUCAUCAUCGGAAUCAUUAGAGUCUAGGCCUGAUAACGUUGCUCAACAAAUUUUUGAUCUGUUGGGAAAAAUAGAUCUUGUGAUGCAAAACUUUAAUCGCACAAUUUCCUCUUCUUCCUGUUUUAAGCAUUUCCACCAACCGAUGAAUCAGGCAGCGAGCCACAUCGCCAAGCUACAGAAGCAAACAUCCUUCAGCUGUGAAACAUCACCACUGAUCUGUUUCGUGUUUCGCGUUUUACACUGGAUGUAUGUUGAGCCUACGUACGAGCUUUUACUACUAUUUCGCGAUUGGAUAAACACAAAAUCCUUCAACAGUGGUACGAUUUAA